AUGAACAACUACUCUCCAUACAAUAACACGUUUAUUUCCAAAAUAUUCUCAAAAAUACUUGAAAGGGAUGACCUUCACCACAAUUUUAACUAUAAUGUCACAUCAACUAAUGAAACCAUCAAUUCAUUACAAGAGGUAGUGUCCAAAAUGGAUACUUCCAGAAUUCAAUCACUUCGCGAUACCCUAAGAAACAAAGAACACAUCGCAGUUACCAACAUAGAUAAAUUCGCCAAAAGGUUUGGUAACUAUUUGUUAGGAUCAUUAAAAACAGGUAAAGACUCACUGAGCUACAACGCUGGCUUAUUUAUAACAUUUGCCCUAGCAACCAUACUUUUAGGGGUAUUCACAUCCAUUGAUUCUAUUCCUACUACUGCUUUACCACCGACGUCAGAUCAUCCACUUUUCGAUGUUAUGGAUCUUGAUAUUCAUCAAGAAUGUGUAAUAAAAAGAAAGAAUGAGAAAAAAGACAAGCAAUCGAAAGAUUACGAUAGGUUAGAUGGGUUUGAUGAAAAAUAUUGUAUUUUGCUUCCAUUAUCUUCUGGUGUUUUAUUAUGUUCAAUAUAUUAUUGUAUCAAGAAAGGCCUACUUGAUCAAUCGAAACUGGUUCAAUAUGGGUUGAAGGCAUUUAAUUUUGUGUUAAUGGUUGAGGUUUCAAUGAUAUCUUACCACCUUUCUAAAUAUUUAUUACACGCCUUGAUGAGAAACAUUUGUCAAUUCAAAAAAUUAAAACCAUAUUCUAUUUCAAACAGAUAUAGGUUAACUAUGUCUAAUGCUAAUGAGGAAUCGGAUAUAACAUCUCCAGCGACCACCAAAAGGUAUAGACUUCAUGGAGACUCAGAUAAAGUAGUGGACGUUUAUGCAUCGAAUCAAUUGUGGAACCUUUACUUCACAUGGAUCAAUACCCCUAUGUGCUCUUAUUUCCAUUGGAAUGUCAGUACUUUUCUUUACUAUAAAAAUAAUUGGAUGUUUUCUAAUUUAAUUGGAAUGAUUAUGGGUGUUAAUGGUAUUAGAUCACUUAAGAUGAAAAAUUUAAGAACAAGUUCAUAUAUAUUAAUUGGCUUAUUCUUUUACGAUAUUUAUUUUGUAUUUUUCUCAAAAAUUAUGGAAACCGUUGCAAUGAAAAUUGACAUUCCUGUUAAGCUGUCAUUACCCAUCAAUUUUGAUACUGUAACUGAAGAAGUUGAAUUUGCAAUCUUAGGCCUAGGCGAUAUUAUUUUACCAGGGAUGUUUAUGUUAGUUUGUUAUAAAUAUGAUAUUUGGAAAUGGCACCUAAAUCAUCCAGAUAGAGAGUUCCAUUUCGCUAAUUGGUCAUAUAUUGGUAAAUAUUUCAUUACGUCAUUUACUGGGUACAUUACUGGUAUUGGUUUAUGUUUGGUUGCUCUCGCUAAGACUGGUAAAGCUCAACCUGUUUUAUUAUAUGUCGUACCAACUUUAUUGACUUCAGUGUUAGGUUUGGCUUGGCUUCAAGGUGAUUUGGAAGAAAUGUGGACUUUCCGCUACGACGUGAUUGAAGUUGAUGAAAGGGAAUUACAAGUAGCAAAUAAGUCUUUACAUGAGCAAUCCUAUGCUGAAUACAUUGACGAGUUAAAAGAUGCUUUGGAAGAUGAUAAUGAUGUUGAUUACAUCGAGGAAGUUUCUGUCUUAGAAUAUUCUGACGACGAUAAUGCUGAAGCGCUAGGUUUUACUAUAGAUGAGGUUGAUGGAUUUUAG